AUAUGGGAUGCUUAUCUGUUUUUCAUGGGAGCAGAAGCAUACAACUUCAGUUCAGACAGACCUCUAAGCUUAAGGCAUUCUUCGGUAUCUCAAUCCAUCCAAUAACAUGUCUCAACGAGUCCUUCUCCUUGGUGCCACCGGCCAGACGGGCUCUUCCAUCCUCGAUGGACUCCUAGAACACGGCGGAUAUGAAGUCACCGCAUUGGUUCGCCCGUCAUCCGCUGAGACCCCCAAGGUGAAAGCCAUGGCCGAACGCAACGUGAAGGUCAUCGCUGCAGACAUCACUGGCCCAGUGGACAAGUUAACUAGUACUCUCCAUGGCUUCGAUGUUGUGAUAAGCGCCAUCGAUGCCAUGAGCAUACAUCUCCAGAAAAACCUAGUCAAGGCUGCGAAACAGGCCGGCGUGAAACGGUUUGUGCCGUGUGCAUUCAUUACUGUCGCUCCACCUGGGGGCCUAUUCAGUCUAAGAGAUGAGAAAGAAAUCAUAUACCAAUACAUCCGCCAACUCUACCUUCCCUACACUAUCAUCGACGUCGGCUUCUGGCACCAGAUCUCGUUCCCAACCGUCCCAUCGGGGCGCGUAGACUACGCCUCCAGCAUCACGCCAAGCGCAACCAUUCACGCAGGCGGCAACACGCCGAACAUCCUUACCGAUCUCCGCGACAUAGGCCCCUUUGUCGCGCGCAUCAUUGGCGAUCCCCGCACCCUGAACCAAUCAGUCUACACGUGGUCUGACGUGCUGACUGAAAACGAAAUCUUUACCAUGAUGGAGGAGAUGAGCGGCGAAAGGAUCAAGCGCACCUACAUGUCUGCCGAAACGAUUGAGGCCGCCAUUGCAAAAAUCAAGGGCAACAUUGAGAAGGACCCAGAGAGCUUGGCUAUACGAUUUGCGCUGUUCACGUUCCAGUAUUUUUUUAGCAAAUAUGUCCGGGGCGAUAACCGGCCCGAGUAUGCUAAGUACUUGGGCUACCUUGAUGCGAGGGAGUUGUAUCCGGACUUUGAGCCGAGGAGCUUUAGGAGCUUUUUGAGGGAGGCCCUUGAUGGUAAGGCAGAGAGAGUAUAUAAGGAUGCUAAUUUUGAACAAUUGGGGAAAGAACUUACCAAGGCGGGCUUGUCGCUUUAGGUCUCAGAUUAAGAUGUCAUUUGAAGGGAUAGGAGGCGUUCAGUUGGAGAUGUACCUGUGUACCCUUAAUACUUGUACAUAGGAGACACGGGAGCCAGAUUAAAUGGUCACAGGAAAGAAAAGAAGCAAAUCGGAUUUGCAAACAAAAUCCCAAAGGUUACUAGUUAGGGUUGUACGGGGGGUAUACC